CAUUUGAAAGACCCAGAAAGGGGAAAAUAUCGUCAUCAAAACAACACUGCGCAACUAGAAAAUCUGAGGUGUCCAUAUUUAUAUUUUUCUCGGCAGUUAGAUUACAAUAAUUCAAUAACUGGUUUCAAUUUAGCUGUAGCUUAGUUCAAUACCCAGAUUACUUAUUUUAUGCCGAAAAGAAGGAAUUCGUAGGAGGCAGUGCCUACGUCUCGUCAGCUGUUCUGGAAGAUACAGUUGCAGUUCAGUGUUGAAAGUGAACCAUGGCAGUGAAGUCACCACCCAUCAUUUACCACACGUCGUCCCCGCACCACGGCCCCAUCGCCUUCACCACGCCCCUGGCCAAACUGCUGGCCCAGCGCGCCCGCAGCUUUCUGUGUUUCGGACAGGUCCUGCACGGCAGCAUGUUCCUGAUGCUGGCGUUCGUUGCCAUGGCGGUGGGCUGCUCGCUGGAACCUCUCAAGUCACCCGACCUGGCUAACGCAGUGAUCUUAUUCUGCAUGGUGGUGUCCACUACUGCCAUUACCUUCACGGUCCUGCCGGUCAGCAUGGCCGCAUCAGCGGUCAAGGAGGCACGGCAGCGUGGCAAGGCCCCCAUCACAGGACCUGUGGAAGUGGACGCCUCGUUUAAGAAGAUUCCCCUUGAGAGCAGCAGCCAGGAUGAAGAAAACACUGCGCUUUUGAAGAGUGUAACCAUAUAAACUGUACUUGGUUCCUCCGUGAAUAUACAGUUUCAUCAGGUUGAUAAGUCUCUUUAUUCAUGUGUUUGGUGCAGAUAUUAAGACUAAACCAAUGGUAGUACUUAAGAAAUGACAUUCAGGACGCACAAUUGUUGCUAACUAGAUAACAUAGCUUAGCCCAGAUGUAAACUGCUUGCAGUGGACAGGAAUAGACCUCGGAAUUUAAAGGUACUGAAACAUUAGGAGCGAGUAGAAACAGGAAAACCACUGAUGACUCCUGGGAAUCAAACCUGCACCGAGUCGGUCGAAACCUCACUGUUACAGUGCAAUCACCACUGUUCAUGAAAUUAUAACUCACCGGAAUAAUUGUAUACUGGGGUAUGUGUAACAGUAGCUAUUGCUGUUUAUAGUACAAGUUAGAGGAUUUUACGACAGUGCAACACUGCUACAAACUUUAGAUUUCAAGUAAACCGUAGCAGUUUAAAACAUGAUUGUAUAUCUUAGCAUUUACUUUUAGAAAUGCAUUGACUAUAUAUAUAUAUAUAUAUAUAUAUGACGUGUGUAUGUGUGAUUUGGUGCUGUUUCAAGGAGUGACAGGGAAACAGAUGUGUGGUGGUAUGUACAUUUCUUUCUGUGCAGUUUUAAUGUGUACAUUACUAGUACAUGUAGUUAAGCCAGACCCACAGGACAUACCAGUAUAGGACUCCUUCCUAACAUCUGUGUAUUAACAGUUACUGUAAGCUCGAAUUUCUUCUCUAGAUCUAAACUGUUAGGAGAGAGUAUAUUAACUU